GCGUGACAACAAUCGUCCUGGCAGCACGCGCCAGCCGUGGAGCAGCCACAGUUUGUUGCUGUCCCUUCUUGGUGUUGUUGUGAUUAUUAUUAUAGCCGUUGUUGGUCACCGAGCAUUUAUAAUUAAUUUUUCAAAGUGGCACACAAAUGGCUUAGAAAUAGUGCAUACUGUCAAUUGUCGCAAUUAUCCAGUCGAUUGUGCGGUGAGUAACAAGUGGAGAAGGUUGAGUGCGAGCACAAGGAAUUCGAGGUGCGACCCAUAACCACCCACCACGAGACACCACCACCCACAAGCGACCGGCCUUGGCCUAGUUGAGAGCCGCACAGCAACAGUCCAUUCGGAAAAGGCGAGCAAUUGCAUUCUGACGUCGUUGUACAUGGUCGAGGAACUUGGCUGCCUUAGACAAACUGGCGGCAUCGCCAUUCACGUCGAUAUGCCAACGCAAAGUGCAUCGAAUACUCUCUCCGGCAGCAUUGCUCUACCACCAGCAAUAACGACCCAGCAGCAGCAGCAGCACCAGCAGCAACAACAGCAACAACAACAGCAGCAACAGCAACAUCUUCAACAACAACAGCAACAACAUCAACCCCAACAGCAACAACAUCAUCUACAACAACAACAACAACAGCAGCAGCAGCAGCAUCAUCCACAACAACCACAUCUACAACAUCCCCAUGCACAUCCACAUCAGUUGUCGACCAACAUGAGCAUGUUGAAUGUGAAAUCGAGUCGCUAUCUAUGGACAGAUCGUGAGCUGUUGAUGCAUCUACAGAAUUAUACGCCAUUGAUUUUACUCAUUGAUUUCGUGGAGAAGACGCGCACGAAGCGCUUCUAUGAGAGCUCCGAGCGGUAUGAGAUCCUUAUGCUGGUCUUCAUCAUGCGCAAGGGAGCGCCAUUCUGUGAGAAUAAACGUUUUCCGGCCGAAUAUUGGGUGAAUCUAUCUGUGGGGCCCAUAGCCGAGGCAUUUGAUCGUCUCCAGGCAGCGAUUGAUAUCCCCGAUCCCCAGUUGCCCAUCCAUAUGAGCGUAACGGAUUUGACCAGCUGGAAGCAGAUGUUCGAUGUGGCCAUGGUCGACAUACGACGUUAUGCCUAUCAUACCGAUCCCAUGCAACUGGCCGAUGUCGGUGUUUUUAAUCGCAUCACUUUCGAGCAGCGAUUCGCCAUGCAGUGGCAGGAAUAGACACGGGAAUCGGGUAACAGGAACCGAGGCACAUCCAUGCUCCCCAUAUAAACAUAAUCAUAGCACAUGCACACGUAUUGCAAAAUAUGUUGUGUGUGUGUGUGUGUGUUCAUAAAAUUCACUUAAGAAUAAUAUGCAUAUUAUAAUAAUACUAUACCAUUAUAUUACACGAUAAAUAUAGUGGUUGCUCCAAGAAAAAAACUCCGUUUUGAAUUUUUAAAACUAAUAAUUAAUAGAGUUUUUAUUUUGAGUGGUGUAAUAUAAUAUAUAAUACAAUGACACAUUAAUUAUGUAUUACUAUAGUUUAAAUUGAACAGUUUUCAAGAUAAUUCUUAUAGGAUCCUAACUAUAAUUUAAAGUUUCAAACUGUGUGAAUACUUAUGAUUAAUGUAGUUAAUAUUUUAAAAUUAUUGAUUAUGUGUGUAUGAUUUUCGAAAUUGCGAUAUAAAUGUAUUUAAAAAAUAAGGGAAUCAGAUUUAAUUGGAAAUAAUAUUAUUAUGCUACACUAAACGGAUAAAAAGGAUUAUACUACCACUAAAAAAUCUGCAUAUUUAAAUAUAUAUACUAUGGUAUGUAAUUUUAAGGAUUUUGUUUAAAACAAAUUUAAUGUUGGUCAUUACAAAUUUUUGUUUGAAGACACUAAAAAUGACGAUAUCAAUUUGAAAAAUUAAUAAUUGAUGAGCAACCAUUGUAUAUAGUAAUAUAUAUUAGGCACAUAACGGUACCUGCACCUAAAACACAUGAUAAAUUUACAAUUUGUUGAUUUAAGCAUAUCGGCAUUUAUAAGAACUGUGCCUUCUCCUCACUUCACUUCACAACACCUCACCUUUCUUCCCUCACCUCCCAUUUAACUCUCCAACACAUCUCUCUCAAUCUCCUCAGAAUAGUCAGUGUCAACCUCAAUCAGCUGCUCCUUUUGGUACCAAAUAAAAAUUUAACUGAAAUACUAUAUAUAUAACUAUAUGUAGACUCUAUAUGCAUGUAUAUCACAACGAUGAUUUAAUCGA